AUGGUAUCUAAGCGCAAUCAAUUCGCGAUUGCUGGUUCGAUUUUGGCUGGAGCAGUUUUCAUCAUCUGUCUCUUCAUUGUUUUGGAUAGCACAGGUCUUAUGUUUAUGACUACCCCAGAAACUCAAACCCAGGGCCCAUUGUCCCAGGCACUGGGACUUCAGAAGCCAGUAAAAAAGGCCGCCAGAAACGCGUUUCAUAAGUGUGAGCCUGGAUUGGUCAAGUUCGGAACCACGAUCGGCUCCCUGGAUAGCUUGGACUACAAGCCGGAUGUUGUUAAGCUUCAAGGCAUGUGUAGAUCUCUGGAGAACUGCUUCAAUGAAACUGGAGUCGAGCCAACCAGAUGUCGUACAUCGGAUGAUGAUAUUCCAUGGGCGUUCCAAGUUUGCUGUGACAUUGUGGAUGCCGCUGCCAUUAAACAUGAAGUAUCGAAGAUCUGCUGGGAGGUGUUCUUUGCGAAAAUGUGUACUUUUCUCAAACAACUAUUCUACACCAGUUUAUUCGCGUCGGUUGCUAUCGGCUUAUCUGUCUACGUAGUGAUUCCAUUGGCUACACAAGCUGAGAAUUAUAUGCAGCAUCGUUCCGAGUGCUCAGCCGUUGCUGAUUCGUUUGAUCGCCGUUUCAAUGAUUUCCAAGAAUCCUACAUGAAAAUGAAUCUGGGCAGUCGUUCGGAUCUUCUGAUCCACCGAAGCACCUGUGGUAUCCUUGGAACCUGCAUCUCCGCCCUCAAAAACUGCUCCAACAUCGAUAUAAGCCUCCUGGAGUACCAGGAGAAAACUGUCAACGACUGCUGUGAUUUUGGAUAUCAUCUGUUCAAGAAAGCCAUUGCCUACUCGAAACGUGAUUUUGAAUUAGCGGAGAGAAUGAUGAAGAUGAUAGUAUUGCUUAUUUCCAUCUUCAUAACCUCAUUUGCAUUUGCCGAAAAGGAUUGCUCAAUUGCAGAUAGCUUUCAAGCAAUCUCGUGUAGAUUACGCGCCUCCGAAUUCGCUGGAACAUUCGACAAACUUGACGAGUCUGAUUCAGAAAAAAUGAGCGAGUUCCGAAGAUCGUGCAAAUCAAACAAUAAUUGUAUAGAUGAAAUCGGUCAUUGCAUUCAAGAUGAGCAGGCUACAAAAGGGCUCAACGCGAUACAAAGCUUUUGCUCAAUCAUGAACUUCUUAUCAACUGAAAUGACGGAUUGCGAUGAGCAAUGGGAUCAAGAGGAAUCGGAGUGCUACGCCUCGUGGAAUCCAUUUCAAAAUGAUAAAGAUUUGAGAGAAGGAAAUGAUGUGGAAGGUGUCUGCGGCCAAUUCUUUGGACGGAACAACUGCUUGAAACAAGAGAUUGUGGAUACUUGUGGUUCUCGAGAUUGGCAGAAAUUCAAAAAUUACUUCUUGGAGCUCAACGAUGCAGUGAAGCAGUGUGAUUUUUAUGGAACUAUUUGA